AUGGCUACCCCCGAGUUUCUAGCGAAGAAGGGCCGCACACGCAGCGACUAUGGCUACCACCAGGUGCACCAGACAAGAUGGUUUGACAACGACAUGUAUGCGCAUCUGAACAAUACCGUCUACACUGCUCUAUUUGACACCAUUGCCAAUUCCUAUCUCAUCGAGCACUGCGGAAUGAACCCCUUCAGCGUCAAUAAUCCCACCCCGAAAAGUGCCGACGGACAAGCGUCCAACCUGAGUGUUGGUACCGAUCAGAUCGGACUCAUUGUCUCCACACACUGCGAUUUCUUUGCUUCCGUUGCGUUCCCAGAUACCCUGGAAGUCGGUCUACGUGUCGCUAAGCUGGGCUCAUCAAGCGUUACCUGGGAAAUUGGCGUGUUCCGCAAAGGAGAAGAGAAUGUGAAAAUGGUUGGAUCAUACACUCACGUUUUCGUGCUGCGCGAGACUAUGCGCGUUGGUAAAGGUGGCAUGGAGAGCCGAGUGCGACAAGGCCUUGAGAAACUCCUGAGCCCGCCAGAGGCUAAACUUUAG